CAGAUCCUGACUGUUCACCACGAUGGCUAGCAAGGUUGAAGGUGAGAAGUUACAGGGUUUGGUGUGUCCUUUGUGCCUUGAUGUCUUCGAGAACGCAACCAUCCUCACCUGCGGUCAUACCUUCUGCAAAGAGUGCCUGGAGGCUUACGACGAGCAGAGCCAUGAACUUAGUUACAUAGUCUGCCCGGUUUGCAGGGACAGGACUGAACUUGGUCAAGACCGGGUGGCAGGCCUAACCCCAAACUUUUCCGUCAAGGGACUCGUGGACAAGAUCAAUGUUGAAGAUGGCCGUCGCAGGCCGGUCUAUUGUUCUUUGCACAACGCACUCUACAAGGAUAUCUUUUGUGAGGAUUGUGCAGAGUUUAUUUGCCUUUCUUGUUACAUCCAUAGCCACAAAGAACACGUCAUCAAGAAGAAAGAAGAGUUGGAACGGAAUCUGAAGGAGAGGCGAAACACUCUUAUUCGCAGGAAGGCUAGGAGAUUCCUGCUGGAGAGGUCUUUGAGCAGUGCUGAGGAGGAAGGAAAUGAUGCAAACCAACACCUGAGUGGCUUGGAGAAAGAAAUUAGGGAUGCCUUUGUUAAGAAACUAAUGAAGCUUCAGGAGCAGGAAGGUGUGCUUCUGAAGAUGGUGAAGGAAAUGCGGAAGGCCCAGGAAGAGACGGUAGCAGGAAGUGCAUGGUUUAGUCCAGCGGACGAUACGCUUAUUGCACUUGGUCACAUUGAGCUUGGAGAGGAUUCAUCAGUAGAGGAAAAGCAGGAGGUCGGAUCUGCUUCCCCGGUGAGAUGCAACGAUACAGAUGCACUGCAAACGAGCGCCCUCAUUGAUGAUUCAAUGAAAAUAGUGAGAGAGAUUGAGUUACCCAAGGGAUUGGCUGGUAUGUCGGCACUAUCCAAGGAUGCCGUGGUUGUCGGGUAUGGAUGGAACGCCAAGGGUUCCGAUUGCUUCUCAGUCUGCGGAAACCAGAUACCCCAUCUCAAGAGCGAUGCUGGAAACGUCUACGACAUCGCUAUGCUUGCUGAUGGCAGGACCGUCGUCUCUCGCGACGUGGACGUGUGCCUUACGUUUGACCGAAAAGGCAGACAGAUCCGAGGGCUUAAGUACGUCUGCAACAAGGCAGGACUUUGCCCUAUGAUAUGCAGCGACCAAGAGGACAACAUCUAUGCAGUGAACAGAUCAUCCGAGAUCAAUAUCUUCCAAGGAAGCAAGGGGACACCCAGGAGGGUCGUCCACACCGGAAGCAUCAAGCCUUCUCAGAUCUGCGUCACCAGCACCGGCAUCAUGAUCACCUGUACCUGCAUUAUGACACCUAGCACUGUCACCGUCUUCGACCGGGAUGGUCAUGUCGGUAGCUCCAUCACGGCUAGUGAUGAUACAGAGUAUCUUCUAGCCGCAGUCGAUAGUCAAGAUAGUGUCUUGGUAGCGAGGGUCAGGGUAGGUUCGGAUACCAUCUGCUUGACCAGGUAUACCCUGGAUGGCACGAGACUCACCGAACAGGUGUGUUUCAAACCUCUCCAGCUUCAUGCCCGGUGCCAGUCCUUUUGGUCAUACAUGGUGAGUCUCACUCCAAACAUGCUGGCCUUCAAAAGCAAAAGGCGGUUGUAUUUCAUUGAGAUUGUGGCCUGAAAAAGUGAUCAAUAUCCUUUUUAAAAUAUGUAGGUCUAUCAUGUCUAUAGCUUACUUUUAGGGA